AUGACCACAGCCCAGCGUCAAGUUGAGCUCCGUUUCGACGCGGUCGAAAUCGACCGCAAAUGGCAGGAGCGGUGGGAACGCGACGGUAUCUAUCGGGUCGAUGACAACGACCACCGUCCGAAGUGGUUUGAAAUGACCAUGUAUCCGUACCCGUCCGGUGACCUGCACAUCGGCCACUGGUACGCCAUGGCGCCGUCGGACGCUCACGCUCGGUUCCGCCGAAUGCAGGGCUACAACGUGCUGCACCCCAUCGGCUUCGACGCCUUCGGCCUCCCCGCCGAGAACGCCGCCAUUUCCCGCGGCAUCCAUCCCUACGAGUGGACCAUGUCCAAUGUGGAGAACAUGCGCCGCCAGUUGCGGUCGAUGGGCACGGUCUACGACUGGGAACGGGAAGUGGUCUGCUGCCUGCCGGAGUACUACCGGUGGAACCAGUGGUUCUUCACCAAGUUGUACGAACGCGGCCUGGCCUACCGCGCGAAAGCCCCCGUGGUGUGGUGCCCGUCGUGCCAGACGGUGCUCGCCAACGAGCAGGUGCUCAACGGCGUUUGCGAGCGGUGCGAAACUACCAUCACCCGCCGCGAUUUCGAGCAGUGGUUUUUCCGCAUCACCGACUAUGCCGACGAACUGCUGGACUUCGACACCCUAGAGGAAUGGCCAGACAAGAUCCUGACGAUGCAGCGGAACUGGAUCGGCCGCAGCGAGGGCGUGGACAUUGGCUUCGACAUUUCCGACUACGGCAUCGAAGAGCGGGAGAUCCGCACCUUCACCACGCGCAUCGACACCAUAUUCGGCGUGACCUUCCUCGUACUGGCCCCGGAGCAUCCCCUGGUGUCCAAGCUCACCUCCGAUAGUCGCCGGGCGGAGGUCGAAGCCUAUGUUGGCCAGGCCCGCGCCUCCUCGGAAAUCGACCGCCUGUCCGCCGACCGGGACAAGACCGGCGUCUUCAUCGGGGCCUACGCGCGUAACCGCCUGAGCAACGAGCAGGUGCCUAUUUACGUCGCCGACUACGUGCUGACCACCUACGGCACCGGCGCGGUGAUGGGUGUACCCGCCCACGACCAGCGCGACUACGACUUCGCCCGGAAGUAUCGCCUGCCCGUCCGCACCGUCAUUGCUCCCAUAACUUGGGACGGACGGGAACCGACGGAGGCUUUCAUCGGCGACGGUUUUAUGACCAACUCCGGCGCCUACGAGGGCAUGACGAACGAAGAGGGCAUAGAAGCCAUCGCCAAGGACGUGGAGAAACGCGGCUGGGGACACCGGACCGUCACUUAUCGCCUCCGCGACUGGCUCAUUUCCCGCCAACGCUACUGGGGCACUCCCAUUCCCAUGGUCUAUUGCGACGAGUGCGGCGUGCAGCCCGUGCCCGAAGCGGACUUGCCCGUCCUCCUGCCCGAGGACGCUGAAUUCCGGCCCACCGGGGAAUCUCCCCUGGCCAUCAACGAGUCCUUCGUGAACACGGAGUGCCCGAAAUGCGGUGGCCCGGGUCGGCGGGAAACGGACACCAUGGACACCUUCAUGGACUCGUCCUGGUACAUGCUCCGCUAUUGCACCCCGCAGUUUAGCGACGGGCCCUUUGAGCCCCAGGCUACAUCCGACUGGAUGCCGGUUCAGCAGUACACCGGCGGCGCCGAACACGCAGUCAUGCACCUGCUCUACAGCCGGUUCUUUAUCAAGUCGCUGCGGGACAUGGGUAUGCUCGACAUCGACGAGCCCUUCCUGCGCCUGUUCAACCAGGGCGUGAUCCUGGGCAGCGACCACGAAAAGAUGAGCAAGAGCCGCGGCAACGUGGUUAAUCCCGACGACGUGGUCGGUCAGGUCGGCGCCGACGCCGUGCGCUGCUUCCUCAUGUUCAUCGGCCCCUGGGACCAGGGUGGCCCCUGGAGCGACGAGGGUAUCAACGGCGUGGUCCGCUGGCUCAACCGCGCCUGGAACCUGGUGGAACACGAUCCCGCGCAACUGGACGACAGCGCCACCGACACAGUGACGGUGCGCGAAACCCAGCGCAUCCUCCACCAGACCAUCCGCAAGUGCUAUGAAGACCUGGACAAGUUCAAGUUCAACACCACCAUCGCCUCGCUGAUGGAGUUGGUGAACCACCUGAGCCGGGUCUGGAACGACGGAUCGAUAGACAGCGCCACAUGGCGUGAGUCCAUCGAGAAGUUCCUGCUGAUGCUGGCUCCCAUAGCGCCCCACGUGGCGGAAGAGUGGUGGGAGCGGGCCGGCCACGGCUACAGUAUCCACCAGCAAUCCUUCCCCAGCUGGGACGAGGAACUGGCGGCGGAGGACGAGCUGACGCUGGUGGUGCAGGUGAACGGCCGCCUGCGUGACCGCAUCACGGUGCCCGCCAGCAUCGAAGACGAUGACGCCCGAGAACGUGCCCUGGAAAGCCCGAAGGUCCAAUCCCACAUCGACGGGCAAGACCGUGCGGAACGUCGUGUACGUCCCCGGCCGCCUGGUCAACGUGGUGGUGGGUUAGCCGGGCACAAUAUGGGCGACGUCAACGUCUGGUUAGGGAUUUGGACGGCUGACGGUUCGGCUAUACUCGACGUGCCGGUGAAGGUUGAUACAGGCUCGACUUACUGCCAAUUGCCAGCGAACAUACUGCGGACACUGGGUUGGGAAGCGACCGAUGGAACGCGCACCUACCAACUCGCGGAUGGCUCACGAGGUUUGGCUCAGGUCGGUAUGGUCAAGAUACGCUUUCAUGAUGUGGACGGCAUGGAGUGGUUCGUAUUUGGCGAAUCAAGCGAUAUCAAACUAUUCGGAGUAGAAGCGUUGCAGAACUUCUCCCUUGGCGUAGAUCCAGUUAAUCAUCGAGUGAUACAUAUCGCGCCGGACCCAAUACCAACAUCGGGCUAG